AUGUCGAAGCGGCACAUCAAAGCGGACGAAUCCGCCGCCGCUGCCGGCAGAACUGCCGGCCUGGAAGCUUCCAUGUCGUUUUCUCAGAAAUUGGACUUCAGAUGCAGGAGAUUCGUCCACGUGGUUAGCCGUGAUUGGCAGUACUACGUGCCUCUCUGCCUCAACCUGUGCGGUUCAGUCCUCUUCUUCCUGGUGCUGAGGGAUGUGCACGUCUCUGUGGCAGUGCCGGUCAGCAACGGCGCCACCUUUGCAUUCAACGCAGCAGCAGGCUAUGCGUUCGGGGAAAAAAUACAGCCAGCGUUGGCGUUAGGAGGUGUAUCGCUGGCUGUGCUCGGAAUUGCCUUGUGUGUGUAG